AAUGACGCCAUCAGCGCCCGAUCGGGCACUUUUCGCCACCGCCAACAAGCAGGAUUCACGACAGUGGCAAUGCGUUCUCAGUCUCUAUUGACAGCGCGGGCCUAAACGACAUACGUCUUGAAGAACCACGUCACAGCCCGACUAGGAAUUGCUAAACAGCAAAGGCAUGGCUUCAUCUAAGAGGGACGCCGGCGUCAGUGUCCUGACUCCGGACUACAUGGCCCUGCUUCAGAGCCUGUGCACAAUCACCCGAGCCGAGCGUUAACGAUGUCACCGCUAUCUUCAAGGAAUUCCGCCGUUCUUUGGAUGGCAGAGACCCGACGCCUUCUGUCUCCGCAUCCUCGAGGUUGCCGACUUUCCCCUGUCCAUCCAAAAGACGCGGCGGCAAGUCCGAUAAGAAAGCUACCCGUGCUAGUGCUGUGAGCGUCGAUGCAGUAGUCGCUGGCAGUGGAAGCAGUAACAGCAAUGUCGGCUUCGAGCGUUCCUGUACGUGGGAGCCCGGCAAGAAGCCCUGUUGGAUCAUGUCCGAGCUGGAACUUUGGAACCGGGUUUUCUCCCGGGGCUGCAUCGAACUGCGUGAGCACAAGUGGGGCGAACUUACGCUCCAGGGGUACGAGUGGCCUGAGAACAAGCCGGAACUCCGCGACAUGCUUUGUGCCUCCCUGCUCAUCCAUCUGUUGUUGCGUCAACACAGGUGCCUGACUUGCAUUUUCCUGGACAUUUCUGUGACCACGCUCGAAAGGUACAUUAUGUGGCACGGCCUAAUGACUGGCGCCGGGGGUAUCAAGUGCCUCGAGUUCAAGCCCUACUCCAUCGAUGGACUCCGCCAGAUGAAUUUUAUAGAGAGGACCACUUGGGCUGAAGCGGUGGCAUCCCUGACGAACCUCAGCAUCCUGCACCUUUCCAACAUUCACUUCGGUGCGGAUGUCGCGCGCAUUCUAGGUGGCUACGUGGAGCAAGCUACUGCUCUCGAUACGCUCAAGUUAAUUAAUAUCAAGGCUGAUGACACAGAGGCUAGCGUGUUCCUGGAUGGCCUGGCUCGCAACCGGACUGUGAAGGUCCUCUGUGUACAAGGAUCCUUCCUUAUUGCACGGCAGGGCCAGGCACUGGCAGAAGUCGUCCGAAACCACGUGACCCUUGAGAAACUUGAAGUGACGGGCUUCUUGGCCUGGACUCCAUCUGCUUUGCUGUCCGCGGUGGUUCAAAGCCAAACUUUGACGACGCUUUCGGUGAACGCAUGCUCUUUCCGCGCUGAAGACAUCGAAGCUAUGGCCUCCGCUCUGACACUGCACCCGCCGUUUCCCACUCGUGACGGUGAGGGCGUGACAGAGGUGGCGCCACUUCCGCCAACGAGCCGCCUCGAGAACCUCACCUUUACCAGCUGCAAGAGUUGCGACUCGCGUCUUGACCAAGCGUAUGCAAACCUCAUUGGAGGUGUUCUGGUUUAUCUCAGAUUGUCGCAAUGCUGCCUGGGAGAGGGGUUUGCGGUGGCCGCUGCAGCGAAUCUGCUCUGUGAUAGGCGGCUGCAGGAGCUCCACGUGGGGGACAACGACUUCUCCGUCGGUGCUCUAUACAACAUGAUAGGGGCCCUAGAGGUCAACAAGACGCUAGAAGCGCUCGUCGUCAGCGUGACAGGCACGCAGCCCCAGGACGAGGUCCUUUGCCUGUUCGAUCUGAUCGGGAAAACCGACGUCUUCUCUCGCCUGAAACUGAUCUGGACCCACCCUCGUGGAUCAGACUUCGCGAGGGGCGUUCGUGCUUCUCAAGCGUCCACCAUUUGGCGAAACCUGGACGAGAAUGGAGCGGAAGACGCGGUGGAAUUCCUGAACGCCCUCGUCUCCACUCGCAACGUUGGCGUGGCCUUGCUCGAGUGUACAACGCUUGCAGAACAAUGUGUUGUUCAAAAGCUGACAGACACUCUCGCCCGGACCAAGUUCCUCAGGAAAGUAUAUAGCGCUCAUUUAUUCCAUAACGGGAGCGCUCGGAUCAUGUUCCAAUUUCCAUGUUCAAAUACUAUGUGAAACGCAGGAUAAGUA